AUGAAAAGAGCGAUAAGCCAAGAAGAUAAAUUAACAGACGUGGAAUUGGCGAAGGUAAAGGAUAUUGAAAAUGGAGCCAUUGAAACGAAGCAGAAGUAUCCAGGAUUUCGAAAAAAUAUGCUUGAUUAUAUACAGCAGUGCACUGAAUAUACUAGCAUCCACGGAUUCAAAUACAUGGGAGAACAAGACAGAUCCAUUUUUGAAAAACUAUGGUGGUUAAUACUGUUCUGCAUAUCGCUCUGUAUAUGUAUCAAUUUGAUAAUAAAAACCUGGGAAAAGUGGGACACGUCCCCAGUAUUAGUAAGUUUUGUAAGAAGUCCAACCGCUGUUUGGCAAAUACCCUUCCCAGCAGUGACCAUCUGUCCACAAACUAAAACUAAACAGACGGUGUACAAUUUCACUGACGCAUUCGACAAAUAUAGGAUGCAACAUAACUUAACUGAUCUUGAAUGGAAACAUUUCUCAGAUAGUGCGCUAAUUUGUGACAAUCACUUUUACUACAAUAAUGGCAGCCUAACUACUGGUCUUGAUACGAUUGACUUCUUAAUGAGUGUUGCGCCUCAAUUUGACGAUGUGUUCCAUUCCUGUAGAUGGACUUUGCAGAAUAAAUCUUGCAGCAGUCUUUUCUAUCCUAUUCUUACAGAGGACGGGUUAUGUUUUACUUUUAACAUGUUGGAUAGGAGUCAAUUUCUUAGAAAUAAGGUCUACUUAGACCGUAAAUAUAUGCACCACGGGAAAGACACUGAAGACUGGACGUUGCAAGAGGGCUACAAGAGGGACGCAAAGAAGGACACCUUCCCCAGAAGGGCCAUGUCUGCGGGCUCCUCAGCUGGUCUAUUUCUAGAACUAAAAGCUUAUGGUCCAGACUUGGACUACCUCUGUAGAGGGACAGUUCAAGGAUUCAAGGUUUUCUUACAUCAACCUGCAGAGGUCCCAAGAGUCAGCAGGCAGUACUUAAGGGCUCCGCUGAAUCAGGAGAUGGUGGUUUCUAUAAAACCGGAUAUGAUGACUACGUCAGGAGGACUAAAGGACUACAAUCCUCAUAGAAGACAAUGCUUCUUUCCUAACGAAAGAUACUUGUCUUUCUUCCAGAUUUACACACAACAAAACUGUCAAGUCGAAUGUUUGACAAAUUUCACUCUGAAGAUGUGCAAAUGUGUAGCCUACCACAUGCCUCAUGAGGAGUCAACGCCAAUUUGCGGUUCUGGUAGCAUCAAAUGUAUGUUCGAUGCACAAACAAAGCUAUUAGAGAAAGAAGUGGAAUCUGGGCUAUCAAGUUCUACGUUCGAUAUUAGUGAUGAUGCUGAUUGUGACUGUCUACCAGCCUGUACUUCCUUAACGUACAACGCUGAGUCUACCCAAGCUGAAUACAACUGGAAGAAAACAUUUGAAGCAACCCGACAUAAUGAAAGCGAAUUCCCAGGAAUGCACUUCACUAGAUUGAACCUGUUCUUCAAACGGCAGCAAUUCAUAAAUUCGGAAAGGAACAAACUAUACGAACUAUUCAGCCAGACGAAUUUUUUUGCCAACUGUGGGGGUAUUCUUGGACUGUUCACUGGAUUUUCCUUCUUGUCUAUCGUGGAAAUAGUCCAUUUUCUUUCGUCAAGGUUGAUGUGCAAUGUGAAGAUGUAUGGCAGACACUACUGGUCAGGAUCUCCAAAAUUACUUAACAACGAUGCUUAUGUUCAUGAAUAA